UUCAAGUAUGGCUGCGUGUCCUAGAAAGCGAGAAACAAAAUAYUCCUGGUUGGUUUGUGUUUGUGCUGCAAUAACAAACGGUAUGACGUCUUCUGUGUUUUUUAGUUUUGGUGUUUUUCUACCUGUCUUCAUGAAAGCGUUUGAUGAAAGCAGAGAAAAAACAGCUCUGCUGGGCUCUCUUACGUACUUUUUGGGAAUGUUUCUUUGUCUUCUGGCUGGAAAGAUUUGUAAUCGUUACGGAUGUAGAGUGUCUAUCAUCAUUGGCACCAUUUCAUGUAUAGCGGCUCUUCUUGUUUCUUCAUGGGCCACAGGAAUGACAUAUCUAUUCAUAUCGUUACCAAUUCUUUAUGGUUUAGGAAUAGCACUCAAUCUUAUGGCUUGUUUUUUAAUGGUUGCCUUGUACUUUGAUAAGAAUCGUCAUUUAGCUCUCGGAUUUGUAGCUGCUGGGGCUUCUGCAGGUUAUUUUGUAGUCGCGCCCAUAGCACAAGAGCUGAUCAGUUCCUUUGGGUGGAGAAACGCUUUAAGAAUAGAAUCAGGAAUGCUUCUUUGUUGUGGAAUAGCUACUAUCAUUGUAUUUGACACCAACGUGGAAGCUGACCCAAAUGGAUGCGCUGAUGCCUGUGAUUCGAGCCGUUGUAUCAGGCACGAGAAAAAAUACUCUUGGAAUAACCUAAAGAAAACUUUGAACUUUUGUAGUUUGUAUUACAGUGUGUCUGUUACAACAUUGUUUAUAGUGUCUUUAAGUCAUUAUUCUCUUCCAAUUCAUCUGGUUCGCAGUUGUGAAGAAGUAGGAAUUUCCAGUUCAAAGUCCUCCUAUCUGUACAUAGGUAUUGGUAUCGGAUCGUUCGUCGCCAAGAUUGCUGCAGGGAAACUCUGUCAGUUUGUCAAACCGAUUUACGUGAACCAAGCUAGUAGUUUGUUUAGUGGGAUUUCAGCGCUGACUGUCUCUAUGAGUAAAAGCUACAUUGUUUUAGUGAUAAUUACAGUUGUGUUUGGUCUGGCAGACGGUGCAUUUCAAAGCAGUUAUAACUCCAUUGCACUUAGUACUCCUGAUCCUCAAAAGCGAGCGUACGCGUAUGGCGGUGCAAAUAUGGUGAUUUCUCUGGCAUUUGUUCUUGGUCCUAUGAUAACAGGUCGUAUUGCUGAUCUUCACUCUUACAAGGAAGCCUUUAUUGUGUCUGGUGUUGUUACAAUCGUCGGUGCUUUGGUACCUUUCGUCCUUUGCUUUAGAAGAGACUCUGCCUCUCAAACCAGAACAAAUAUACUCAUGGAAGAACUUGUUGUUUUUGAGAAACUUUCUGUGGUUUAAUUCAGUCUCGAGUAUCAACUGUUCUUAUCAUUUUUAAAUGACUCCUUUCAUGAUUUUUACUCCUGCCCAGGCCUACGUCCGCAGGGAAGAGGAAUAAUCUGCUGUGCGUGUAGUUUUUUUUAUUAUCAAAUUAGAAGUUUGUGUGACGUACACAUCGUAACUCCGAUCCAGACUAUUCCGCCGCUAUAAGUUUAAAUGUUCAUCCAUCUCUAGAAUGACUUCGAUUAUUCUCAAAUAUACAGUCUUCCAUUUAUCUGUUUAUUAAUUUAAUACAAAAAAAAAAAGAAAACAAUAGUUAUCUUGACAACCUCCCUGAUCACAAAUACUUGACAUCAUUUGACUUUCAAGAUGGUAUUUAUUCAGUUAAUUCACUCUUAACUUCAGCUUAGAUUACAAGCAUAUUUUAACGCAAAUCGUGACAUUGAAAGAUGAUAAGGAGAGUAUAACAAUAUAUUUCCUCGUUGAGGCAUCAUUGUGAGUUUUUCCUUCUCAGAUUUCCCUAUAAUCCAUUGGGGCAUAUCAGGGCACGAGUUUGCGCUUUUUUAGAACGUCAAAUUUCUUUUUCAUUUCAUCAUUUAUUCCUAGUUAAUCAUCCCUUAUAUUAAAUGCAAUUUACUGUAUAUGACAGUUAAUCUACUAUUUUUUAACCCUAUUUUCCUUACAAGGCAUCUUGAGUACGUCUAGAUGGUCUUUGCUCAGGGAAGUUCCACGAUC